AUGAAUGGUUAUCAAAGGUGUAACGAAACUCUUCAUUUCGGCGACAAUUCAGAGUCCUUCACUGUCUGCGGUGAGAGUGGGCCAAUAGAGCGUGUAUUGAUUGUUACUGGUAAUCAGCUGUCAUCUGGCAAGUUCGAGCGAGAUCUAGCUGCAACAAGAUGGACUGUAUUCCUCCCGAAAAAAAAUGAUUUGAUAGAGCAUCUAGGUGGAGACGUCGAAGUGCACUACCUUACCGAGCUCGAUAGAUGGGAUCGUUGGGCGACGUGGGAUAUCGAAUAUGCGAUUCGUGGUAGAACCUAUGAUGUGGCUAAAUUGGAACUCUAUGCCUUCCAGUUCCAAGCCUACGAUCAGCCACGCGUCGUGCGUCAGUUGGUGCAGUUGAGUGGAACGAAUAUGACAGCACGCCACCUAGCGCUUACGAUAAAUAUAGAUUCGGGUAGCCAGCCCAACGUUACACAAGUGAUUGGGGAAUGGUAUCAGCUGCUUUAUUGGCUCUUCUACUCCGAAAAGUACGCGUUGAUUGGUGCCACAUCCAGUGGACUAUGUGGACAAGAAAGUCAAAACUGCAAAUAUCGCGUCAGCAUGAUGCGGAUGGAUUCGGCCGAGUUUCGUUCUCAUCUCACAGCGCCCGUUUUUGGACUCGGAUCUCCAAAAGAAGAGUUGAAUCGGCUUAUGACCUAUUUGAAUGCAUCUGAGUGCAAGCACGUCUCGAGCCAAUCUUUUCCUGCUUACUGCGCUGGAACCUUCACCGAUAAGAGCAAAGUGGCUUUGAUUACGUAUCGAGAACUACGAAGUGACAGCAUACCAUCAUCACUGUCUCGACUGUCUAAUUUCCACAUAAUCACGCCAUGGCCUACAUCGGACAGCACCUCUCUUAACACGCAUCAUUACGCUAUCGGAGUUUCACACAAGAACGAGACCGUCGAUGGCCUUUGGAAGCUUGACACAUUGGAAAAUCUUAUGACUCGCAUAUUUGGCAAUUUGGAAAUUGAUUUGCUGAUGAUCGACAUGAAAGGAGGAGAAGUAGCAAUCUUUCCGGAACUGCUGCGAAUGGCAAGCAAGAGCAGGUUCAAUCAGUUGGCCAUUCGUGGACACUUAUGGUCUGAGGAAAACGAGAAUUUUCGGCAGAUUUAUUGGAGCUUGCGCCAAAUGCAGAAUUACGGGUACAUCCAACGGAUUGGACGAGUUGAUCUGCCUCAUUAUGAUGUGGUCUUUGAAAGAAAAUAA